CUUCCUUCAGUAGUGAAUCAGUAUCUCCAGUGAAAAAGCAUUUUUGCGAAAGCGAAGAAAGGCGCUGCGCUGCAACAAAAAUCGCGAAAUAAAAAUCUCGGUUCCUUGCGUACAAAAUAGAAACGACGGCAAUUUCCUAGCAGGGGAAAAUCAGAGCCUGCUGCUGUGAAGUGACACGACGGAAAAGUGCAAAAAUCGAUAAAUUUCUUCUCUUGCCAGAACGGAAACGGGACCGAGUUUUAUGUAACGCGUUUUUCGGUGCAUCAUCGGAAGAGAAAACUGCACUGCACUCGAUUUCUCGAAAGUCGAUAAUAUUCUUUUAUCUUUGAUACCAGACGUUUUGCUUCAGCAUCGUAAGUAGAAAAAAGAAAAGUCAAAUUCGUCGGCGAACCACAAAGGAAAUUUCUAGUAGAUUCGACGUUCUUCUCAGAGGAAGGGAGCGACGAAAAAUGAAAAUCAAGACCGAACAAGGUAAACGGCACAAGAUGGUGAAAGAAACAGGUUUCUACGAUAUACUAGGCGUAAAGCCUGGCUGUUCCCAGGAUGAUCUGAAGAAGGCUUACCGGAAACUGGCCCUUAAGUACCACCCGGACAAGAACCCGAACGAGGGCGACAAGUUCAAGCAAAUCUCGAUGGCGUACGAAGUGCUGUCAGAUCCGGAAAAGAAAGCCAUCUACGACGAAGGCGGUGAACAGGCCAUCAAAAAGGGCGGCGGCGGCGGUGGCGGCGGAUUCCACAGCCCAAUGGAUCUCUUCGAGAUGUUCUUCAACGGCGGCAUGGGUGGACGAAGCAAACGGGAACGCCGUGGCAAGGAUCUGCUCCAUCAACUAUCGGUCACACUGGAGGAACUGUACUCGGGCACCACCAGGAAGUUAGCUUUACAAAAGAACGUAAUCUGUGAUCAGUGCGAGGGUCAUGGCGGCAAGAAGGGUGCCUCCCAGAAGUGCACCCCGUGCCGCGGAACCGGUGUCAUGACCAAACUGCACCAACUGGCCCCCGGCUUCGUCCAACAGUUAGAAGAAUCAUGCCGUAACUGUCGAGGAAUGGGUGAAAUCAUCGACGAGAAGGACAAAUGCAAAAAGUGCAACGGGCGGAAAACGGUGCGAGAUCGCAAAAUCCUGGAGGUUAAUGUAGAAAAGGGAAUGCGCGACGGACAGAAGAUUGUGUUUUCCGGUGAAGGCGACCAGGAUCCGGAUUUGCAACCCGGUGACAUUGUGAUAGUUCUGGACGAGAAGGAACACCCGAUCUUCAAGCGGUCAGGCCAGGAUCUGAUCAUGCACAUGCAACUGCAGCUGGUAGAAUCGUUAUGUGGUUUCCAGAAGAUAAUCCGAACGCUGGACGAUCGGGAUCUGCUUAUCACGUCCUAUCCGGGUGAAGUCUUGAAGCAUGAGGCAAUCAAAUACAUAUCCGGCGAGGGCAUGCCCCAAUACAAGAAUCCAUUCGAGAAAGGACGCCUCAUCAUUCAGUUCUUCGUCGCGUUCCCAGAUUCCGUGCCGAUCGAUUUGGUUCCCUCUCUGGAGCAGUGCCUACCGGGACGGCCUGUCGUGAAGGUUCCCGAGGACGCCGAAGAAUGCAACAUGUUGGAACUGGACCCAGAGCACGAUCGUCGAAGUGGCCACUACAAGAACGCUUACGACGAGGACGAAGACCACCACGGUCCAGGAGUGCGAGUGCAGCAGUGUGCCACCAGUUAAGUGCAUUUCCGCUGCUGCACCUAGGGAACGUAUGGAACGAAAACAAGGAAAACCGAAGGAGCGUGGACGUUGACUCUGUCAGUGUGGUGUCUGUCAAGCGCAUUAGAUGCUAAAUUAGGAACUUAGUUUUUCUUCUUCACCAAAACCGCCGUUAAGAUACAAAAAAAAACAAAUACAACAACUCAUAGAGAAGAAAGCAACACAUGCAGCAACUGUUGAACGCUACAAGUUUUGAGAAAUCUAUUGGCAAACGAAACAGGACAGUGUAACAAAAAAAAAACAUAUUUUCAAUUUAAAUGCUUUGGACGUAUGAAGGAAUCGUACUUCGAUAGAGGAACCCUUAAAAUUUUGGCUUAUAUUAUACUUCACAAGCUGCUCUCCGUUAUUCAUUCCAAAAAGAAAGCAGAUUAGCAACACCAUCCAUCCAUUUUUGCUAUCUCAUCAACUAAUAAAGGAGGUAUUUUUUUGUUCGGAACUACGAUUGUUUUUCAGUUUUUGGUCUGGCGAAGAAAAUUCAUUUCUCCUCAAACUAUCCUUCAAAGACAGAGAAACGUUCAUUUCUUUUUCCUUCUACCUGCCGGAAUUCCCAAUCAUAGCAUAUUUGUCAAAGAACGAGUAACUUAUGUUAAUCCCUUUUUAUUUAUGUUUUCUGAUGUGUAUCCAAGUGAUCGCCUUGCGCAAACCUUUCCAAUCGCGGAAAGGUUUCGGCAAGGGGGAAAAUCGUGAGAUGUAUAUGUGUGUAACACAUAGUAAAUUAAACAUGAACGUGAGAAAAAUGAACAAACUGUACGUUAACUACUAUUACCACAGCCGCUAAAUAGCUGAAGGAAUAUAAAAAAUGGGCAACCACACAACUUAAAAUCACAUACCUACAUAUAAUAGAGGGAAAAAUCUUCACGGGAUGAAGGCAGCAAAAUGGCAGUUUUGGAAUUGUCUAUUCUUCGCUCGAAAGAGGAUUGCGGAAAAUAAAACAGGAAUGCUACCUAAAUAAACAACUAUUUUAUGGCUGUCUGCAACUUCCAGUAA